AUGGCUCAAGUUUUAGGAGUGGAACCAGAUGCAUCAAUUACCUCGAGGGUUCUUAAAAAGCGACCCGCAACAACCUCUCCAAUGGAACCAACUGGUGACUGGAGUUUGAAAAGAAACAGGAGUGCAAAUUCGCAAGGUGGCUGGAUAAUUGAACAUGAGGCCAGCAUGGAAGAUACCCAAGAAAUGGACGAGGAUGAUAUGGAUUUUACUGGGGGCUUUGGACAUCGAUACGGAACGAAGGACAGUGAUAUCGUAGAAAAGUCGGAUAGUUUUUUGCUUUGUAAGAUAGUGGAAGUUAAUGGGAAGCAGUGGUACUGUUUGUUUUUGUAUGGAGCUUCGCAAUUCCAUCUCCGAGCCAACCAAUGGAGGGAGUUACAUCAUCUUCUUCAACCUUAUACAAAUUUGUUGAUAAUUGGGGACUUUAAUCAACUCGAUCUCUACUCUGACAAGUUGGGUGGGAGUGCUAUCAUUCGCGGAUGGGAGGAUAUAAUUCAAUGGAAAAUGAAUCUGCAGCUCCUGGAUAUUCCCUUCAUGGGUCCUCGUUAUACUUCGUCGAAUAAUAGGGACAAUACUGACUUGAUUAUGGAGCGUCUUGAUCGCGCUUAUGCCUCUACGGAUUGGAUGUUGGAUUAUCCUGAUGCCAUUAUUCAAAACUUACCAAUCACAAUUUUGGACAAUGCUCCGAUUGUUCUCCACAGGUCAUCUCCACGAAGGAUUAGUAAGAGGCCGUACCAAAUUGAAUCUUGGAGCCUCGGUUUCAAGGAAGUUAGAGAUAUGGUGGAUAGUAUUUGGGCUUUGUCUAUUGCUGGGUCCUCAGCGUAUGUUUUGUCUCGCAAGUUAGCAGUGCUCAGGGAUAGGCUAAAAGCUUGGUGUCUCGACAGGAAAUUAUUUUGGGGGAUUAACUGGAGGCAGUUACUUGAUACACUCCAAAAUUGUGCAAGCAACAUUCUCACGAUCCAAGAUGGAGUGCGAUUUACGCAGCAACAUCGUUCGCUAUGUGCGGAGACCAAGUUGGCGUUUGCAUAUUGGCGUCAACGACAGAUAAAUCACUAUAUUCAGAGUGGAGACUUACCAUCACAAUUAUUAUUUCGUCGCCUUCGGCCCAAGUCUCAGCAUCGCAAUAUUCACAUGCUUCAACGUUCAGAUGGUGAAUGGAUCAGUAAUCAACAAGACAUUGCCGAUCUGAUCAAGCAGCACUUUAUUCAUCUUUUUAAUCCGAGUCAUGACACUGCCAAUGAUCUUCCUCACUCCGAAGCGAUUGAUCUAGUUCUGCGUGAGUUGAAUUUGCCGAGAUUAACAAAUGCCGACAUAGGUCUCCUGAUGCAUCCUCUUUCGUCGGAAGAGGUGCAACUAGCAAUGUUCUCUCUUGCUAAUAACAAAUCAGCGGGGCCUGAUGGUUUUAGUGUCGAAUUUUUUAAAACUCACUGGUCUAAGGUGGGCGACGGUGUCACCAAUGCCGUGAAACACUUUUUCCAGCAUGGAAAUUUAUUGAAAGAAUGGAACCGUAUGAUUUUGGUGCUUAUUCCUAAAUUACAUCCGCCAACAGAGGUAAAUCAUCUUCGUCCUAUAAGCCUCUGUAAUGUUUUGUAUAAGUGUAUAGCCAAAUGUAUGGUUAACCGUAUGAAGGGGUUUCUUCCUUCGUUAAUUGCUGAUUAUCAAAAGGCGUUUGUUCCGGGCCGUCACAUGGAUGAUAAUAUUCUUGUCGCUCAUGAAAUUACUCAUAUCAUCAACAAACAACGUAGAGGUACUAAUCAUUUAGCUGCAUUGAAGCUUGAUAUGAGCAAAGCUUAUGAUUGGGUCAGCUGGGUUUUUCUAUUGAAAGUGUUACAAGCUUAUGGGUUCCCUGAUCACUGGAUAAAAAUGAUUAAUGACUGUAUCUCUACUGCUACAUACCGGUUGCUCAUCAAUGGGACAGUUACGGAAUCCAUGACUCCAUCUUGCGGCCACCGACAAGGAGAUCCUUUAUCGCCUUAUCUCUUUUUGUUCUGUAUGGACAUCCUGUUCCGGAUGACUACACUGGCCACAGAUAUUCGUCAAUUUCAGGGCAUCAAGAUAGGGCGUAGCGAUCCGCAAAUUUCCCACUUAUUUUUUGCAGAUGAUUCAAUGUUCUUCUUUAAAGCAUCAAAUGACUCCUGCACUGCGAUAAAAGAUGUCAUACAACGUUUCUGUGCGAUUUCGGGGCAGAUGUUGAGUUUCACGAAAUCCUUUGUCAAGUUUAGCCCCAAUGUCCCUGAAACAGCUCAAGAGGAGUAUAAAAUUAUUUUGGGUAUGGAAACGAGGGUUUCUCUGGGCACCUAUCUCCGUGCUCCCAUUGACUUUCAAGGCUCUCGGGUUCAAACUUUCACUCACUUACUGGACAAGGCUUCCUCGAGGAUAACUAGCUGGAGUAAUUGUUGCCUUUCUCAGCCGGCAAAGGUGAUUAUUAUUAACUCAAUUCUUAUUGGAGCAUUAAUGCAUUAUUUAGCAGUUUUCAAAGUUCCGCAGACCAUCACAAACAAGCUUGAUAGUUUGUUUGCGACUUUUUUCUGGAAAGACUUCCAUGGUAAAGGUAUUCAUUGGAAAAAGCGGAGUGUGAUUCAUCGACCAAAGGGUGCAGGAGGAUUGGGAAUCAGAAAUGUGGGAGUUUUCAACAAAGCUUUAUUGAUGCGCAAGGCUUCGAGGAUACAACGUAAUCCUCACCUGCUUAUUUCGCGAGUCUACAACAGUUCGGCUCGUACUAGUACCGAUCAAAUGCGCAAUACCAGACUUUCUUCAUGGGGUAGGAGAGGUAUUGUCAUAGCAAAUUCCUUGAUCAACCAAUUCUCUCACUGGAAAAUAGGCGACGGUAAAGCCAUUCGUGUUUCUACGGAUUGUUGGGUAAAUGGGACCAAGCCUAUUUUUCGGGACAAUGUUCCACUUUUGACUGCCCGUACCAUCCGGGUGACUGAUCUAAUAUUGGAGAAUCAAGGUCAAUGGAAUUUUCGGAAAAUUAAUGCCUUGUUCGAACACCACUCGGCUCGACAAAUAAAAAGCAUUGAACUUCCUCCCGCUCCGAACAUAAGGGAUGAAAAGUUUUGGCCUUAUACUAAAAGUGGAGAGUACACCACUAAAUCGGGGUAUGCACUUCUACUCCAACAGCAAACUGAAAUCUGUAGCAUGACAUCUACCUUGGACAGGGAUUUCUUUCGUGUCCUAUGGGGAUCGCGCAUCAUGCCUAAAUGGAAACUUUUUCUUUGGAAAGUGUGGCAUAACGGUUUGGCCACGAAAGGAAAUCUGUUUCGUCGUCAACUCGGGGAUUCCAGCGAAUGUCCGAUUUGCCUAUAUGAUGUUGAAGAUACAAGUCAUCUUUUCCGUUUCGGCCCCCUGGCCACUGAGGCUUGGGCCCAUCGGAACCUUGGCCUGGAUCACGAUUCCAAUCAAGCGCUUUCCAUGCGAGAUUGGAUUCGACAUUGGCUAUUGUUUUUUCACACUUCUGAUGGUUACAACGGGGUUCGUUUAUCGCAGUUUGUUGGCACUCUAUGGUCAAUAUGGGUUCAACGAAAUGCCCAGGUGUUUCGUCAAUUGAGACCCACUGCAGCUUCAAUCCUUAGAAGCAUUAACUUAAGUGAUGCUCAACACGCCACCUUCUCUGCUGAAAGCACUCACCAAUUCUCGAGUGCCCGGGACACAAAUUUGCCUCCCGGAUUCUUACAGGUUCAACUUAGCCGGCAUAUACAGGAGGAUACGCCACUAAGGAUUCAAAUACAUGGUGAUUGGGAUAAUUCAAAGUUAGUGGCGGGUCUGGGUUGGGCCGUUUAUCUUCCGUCUGCCCACCAGCACCAAAAAUUUGGGACUUUCUCGUAUACUUCUUCGGGCAUAGCGGCUACGGCUUUGGCAUGUCUUAAGGCUGUUACCUGGGCUACGGCGGCUGGUCACUCGAAUAUUCUUCUUCUGACAUCUUCUUCCCAGCUUCUGCAAAUCCUACUGUCCAGAGGUUGUCCAGAUAUUAAUAUCAAAUGGACUAUUGAAGCACUGAGGACAGCAGGUCAUUCGUUGCCUUCUUGCAAGGUAGUUCGGGUUUGCAGUACUCAUAUCACAGAGGUUCAACAGGUUGCGCUUUGGUGUCGUCAUCACUCAAUGGAUUUCGGCUAA